AUGGACUCAACUUUCGUAGACAUUGGUGAAGAAUACAUGCAAGCAGAAUAUUUAGAUGAACAUUUAGAAGAUGUACUAUCGGCCAACAUUCAUUCGAGCUGUUCUAUUGCUUUAGAACAAAUCACUGCCAGUGAAGCUAACAGCAAGCCCGAUAAACAUAACCGUCCAGUGAAAUACAAGAGACGAAAGUAUAAUGUCCUCACCAUCAAAGAUAAGAACAUAGUCUUGGACCUGCUAAAUUGUGGUAAGACUGUUCUACAAGUGGCUGACGAAACGGGCCUUCCACGGUCGACGGUUUACGGAAUCAAGAAGCAAGAAAUAGCAUUGCGGCAUUGCAAGACGAUGGCCAAUAAAACCAUCCAGUUUCGCAAACGGAUAAGACUUCCGACGCAUGUAUUGCUGAAUGAAGCUGUUUUAUUGUGGUUCUACGGAAAACGUCAGAAACACAUACCGAUAUCAGAUGCACUCUUAUGUGAAAAAUGCAAGCUUCUCCACGAAACAUCGUGCACGACGCCCGAUUGUCGAUUUAGAGCAAGUUAUGGUUGGUUACGUAGCUUCAAAGCUAGAAACGGGAUCAGAACGUUAACUGUCUCUGGAGAGAAACUUGACGCGGAUAUUGCUGCGGUUGAACCGUUUAAGAAUAAAUUGACGGAGAUUAUAACUUCAAACAACUAUAGUGCUGAUGAUAUUUAUAACGCUGAUGAGACGGCAUUAGUUGUAAAGGCCUUGCCUUCAAAGUCAUUGGUUAGUUUUAGCGAAAAAACUGCACCCGGACGCAAGUCUUUGAAGGAGCGACUGACAAUUACACCUUGCAGCAAUGCAAGUGGUAGCCACAAAUUACCAUUACAAGUGCUUGGCCGCGCAGCAAAUCCUAGAUGCUUUAAAACGCAAGGCGUGUGUGAUGGGAUACACUAUUUUUCAAAUAAGAAAGCGUGGCAAACUAGUGCGACGUUUACUGAUUGGUUCUACUCCGUCUUCGUUCCUGAAAUCAAACGGAAGGCAGCUGCACAGAAUAGACCGGCUAAAGCGCUUCUAAUUUUAGAUAAUUGCACCGCACAUUGCAGUAAAGAUAAGUUUCAAGUGGAUGACGCAGAAAUUCAGGUGAUCUUCCUUCCUCCAAAUGUGACAAGCAUUCUGCAGCCUAUGGAUCAAGGCAUCAUCAAUGCUUUUAAGGUUAUCUACAAAUCGAAUUUUCUGCGCCGUGUUCUGUUGGAAACUGACAGCGAUUGUCCAGUCGCAGAAGUUAUCAAAUCAUUUAGCUUUUAUGACGCUAUUCAACUAGCGACUGAUGCGUGGGCCACUAUAACUCCAGAAACGAUUGCUAACUGUUGGCGCAAUCUCUUAAGUGUCAGUCAAGAUCAAAACUAUAACUCGUUCAACGAUUUCACAAUUUCAUCACCAACAAGUGACCCCCGCGUGUUGCUUUCUAAAGUAGUGCAACUCGUUGAUCCAAACUACGUACUGACCGAAGAAGAAGUUCAAGAAUGGCUAAGCAACUCAGACAACAUAGAUGUAGCGCAAAUAUAUACCGACGAGCAAUUGACCCAGUAUAUUGCCUCUGGUGGUGACUUUUUCGAGGCCGACCAUGAAGAGCAAGAUUGCGAUGCUAACGAAAGUGCUGAGGGUGAUCUUAGUACUUCGGGUUAUAUGUACUCUUGGAGCAGUCAAUCCGAAAAACGCAAUGAUUAUAAGAAGGCUAUCAGCAUCAUGGAUGUACUUAAAAAUGUUCUUAUUGCUGUUGGUGAUGACCAUAAAUUAGUGGAAGUCGAAAAAUGGAAAAACGAAUAUGAAAAUGAAAUUAUUCGCCUUCUUGGCGAAUAA